ACACAGUAUAACAAUUCCAGUUGAGGAAUUAAGACCUACAGCAAGAGGAUAACAAGAGAAUUUCAAACAACAAAAGACUAAGAAUGCCGCCACCACCACACCACGAUCGUCUCUUUGGCAUCCAUUUGGGAUUGCAUUUGGGCCACCAUCACGGCCACCACGGACACCAUCCGCCACCACCGCCGCCACACCACCACCAUCACCACCACCACGGACCUCCGCCGCCACCUCACUACGAUCACCACCACCAUCAUCACCACCACGGCCCUCCACCACCGCCGCCGAGCCACUUUGAUCAUCACUAUGAUCAUCACCACCACCACGGACCACCACAUCAUCAUCAUCAUCACUGCUAAGGAAUUGAUGAAAUGAUGAAGCGAUGAAUUUUGUGAUUUCCCUGUGAAGUGAAUUCAUAUAACAUAGUUUUACGAAUUUUAUUUAUUUUAUACAAAACCUAAAAA